AGCAGCAGCGCCAGCACCCAAGCAGCACCCAGCCCAGCCCAGCCCAGCCACUACGGAGUCGCAGCACCACAUGCUCUACGCGUGGUACCGAUGCCGGAUGGUAACCAUUCCCGGUCCCAGUCCCCGUCCCUCUCCCCCGGCUUAUUAAUAGCAUUACCAAGGUUAUCGUCGUGAUACAAGCUACCUUGUAUUGCGUCGUAAUACCUCCUCCUGCUUCCUUAUGCUCCCGCCCAUCAUCACAUCCACUUCUGCUCCUCCUCCUCCUCCCGCCACCGCUGCCGCUGGCCCCCUCUUCUCCUCCCUCGCCAUCACCGCCGAUCGUCCCGCCCCCAGCUCCACCGGCCCCUACCCUCCCUCUCCCGCCGAUGCCCGUCCGAGACCCUCCGCCGCGGCCCUGCCUCUUGCCAGGCCUGAUGCCCUCGCCCACCCCUCGCCCGAGAACGUCGACACGCCCCCCUCCGAUUCGAACGGCGACUCCCAGCCGCUGCUGCCGGGCCAUGGCCACCUCCCCGCCCACCCAGCCGCCGACCUCGCCCUCCAGGACCAGCGGACGAAGAAGCGUCGCACCGGCCCCAGCUCCAGGGGGGUGGCGAACCUGACCCCCGAGCAACUCGCCAAGAAGAGAGCCAACGAUCGAGAGGCGCAGAGAGCCAUACGCGAGCGUACUCGGAACCAGAUCGAAGCCCUCGAGAGGCGGAUACGCGAGCUCACCUCCCAGCAACCGUACCAGGAGCUGCAGGCCGCCAUACGGGCCAAGGAAGCCGUCGAGGCCGAAAAUGCCGACAUCAAGAACCGACUCGCCUCUGUCAUGUCCUUAAUACAGCCCGUCCUGUCUAGCCAGCAAGCCGAAGUAACUUACGCAUCGCCUUUCACAAACUUCGCCCCGACUCAGGUCACACAGCACUCGCCCUCCACCCACACCACGUUUAACACCUCGACGCCCGCUAGUGCUGCCUCGCCUGCUUCUGCACCGGAGCCGCCAUGGCAGGCACAAAUGCAGACGCAGUCGAGCCCAAAUUCGUCCCAGGUAAAACUCCUAAACCAGCAACGACAUGAUCUCCUCCACAACCUAGAUCUCGGCGCUGGCGAGCAGCUGAAACUCGACUUCCUCCUCGACCCUUCGCAGCGCGUAAGUCGGAUGCAGACCGGCGUCAACGGGGCUCAGGAUACCCCCGAAUACCGACAUCUUCCCAUGAAGCAUGACUGGAACGCCAACGUGCUCCCAUCUCCCCGAACCAAUACGGCCGCCGGCAGCGCGCCGCCGCAGCUGCAGCGCAUCGAGUACGUGUCGCAGAAUGCAGCCCCAGCCCCGGAAGAGCCGCCCUGGGUCGGCAAUUCGGCGCCGAUCAAGAAUAGCGCGCCGACCUGCCCCCUCGACACCCUCCUCCUCGAGUUCCUGCACGAGCGGCGGCAGCGCGCCGCCGAGGGCGUGCCCACGCGGGAGGUCGUCGGGCCCCGGUACCCGUCCGUGUCGUCGCUGCUAAACCCGGCAAACAGCGCGCUAUCUCACCCGCUAUCCAAAGUAUUCACCGACAUACUGGCGGCGUUUCCCGGGAUCAGCACACUACCGGAGCGGGUGGCAGUGCUGUACAUCAUGUUCUUGAUCAUGCGAUGGCAGGUGAGCCCGACUCGAGAGAACUGGGAGCUUCUGCCGCCGUGGGUGACGCCGACGCCGGCGCAACUCGAGGUACCGCACCCGGCGUGGAUCGACCACCUGCCGUUCCCGCGGAUGCGCGAGGCGCUCGCGCGCGAGCACGCGCCCGGUCGCGACCCGGCCGGAGUGACGUUGUUCGACAAUUUCUUCAUUCCCUUCACCCUCACCAUCUCGCUCAACUGGCCCUACGAGGCCACCGAUGCCCUGCUCCGCAGUCCCGACGGUGCCGAACUCAUCAUCAACCCCGUCUUCGAGCGCCAUCUCCGCCGCCUCGAGAACUGGUCGCUCGGCGAAGCGUUCGACCGCACGUUUCCGCGCCUCAGAGGUACGUACAACCUCAAGAGCGAUACGCCGCACCAUCAUCAUCGACAGCAGCAAUACCAGCGCGUCGGCGGCGGCGGCGGAGGAGGAGAGGGAGGGAUCGACGCGCGCCGAGCGCCAGGGGAGGACGUACCGGAUAGUCGCUUUAGCGAGGGGUAAUUAGUAAAUCGGGGAUGGAACCGAGAAUGAGCAGGUGUAUAACAAACACGGAGCAAGACGACUUGCGAACGGGGUUUCUUCGAUUAGAACCACUCCGUCCACCCCCUUUAAUCCCGCUUGAGCCCGCACGUCUACUAUAACUACGUGCCUAUACCCAUACCAACGGCGUUCUCUUGGAUUUAUAUAAGGGAGGGAGGUGGAGGCGUUUACACAUACACACACCCACCCACACACACACACACACACACACACAUAUAUAUAUAUAUAUAUAUAUCAUUAGGGUUCUCGGAAAAAGUUGUCGGAUUCUGAACACGUGUCUACGUCUCC